UAUCGCAUGGAACUGAAUUCAUCAGCGAAACGCAGCACACUUAUGGGUAUAUGCUGUAUGCUUCUCUUCCUGCACACAUUCUCAUUGGCUAGGGAGGCAAAAACUGCCGUAGUGAGCCUCUUCACACAUCUUAUGAGGGUUGUCGAUCUACAAACAAAAUGUUGGGUCGAGUUGGCGCAUGGAAAACGCCCGCAACGAGCCAUUGACGGCCCUGCCUAUAAGUUCUUUCCUCCACUAAUGCGCGGAGGCGUGUAGACAGUAUGAAGGAGUCGGAAAUACUAUGUGUUUCGUGGGGCAAAUCAGGAGAAUCAAUGUCUGUUCCAAAGACAAAGUACAGUAAUAUGUUCACAAUACUGUGUUGUACUGUAUGGUAGGGG